AUGGAAGAAGCUAUUAGAAGUGUAGAGGAGAAGGAAGGAAUUCGUCUUACAUGGAAUACUUUUUCAAACAGCAAGAAUGAAACAUCGAAGAACGUUAUCCCGCUGGUGUGCUCCUACAAGCCCAUGCACGGAUACCACAAUGGCUCUUUGCUGCAGGUAGGCUAUCCUGCUGUUCGAUGCGCCAGGCCAGAGUGCUCGAGCGUGCUGAGCCCCUACUCAUCGAUUGACUUUGGGUCCAAGCACUGGGGGUGUCUCUUCUGCGGAAGAAUGAACAUGCUGCCUCCCCACUACAGAGGAAUAACACAGGACAAUCUGCCGUACGAGCUCUUCAGCGAUAGCACCACAGUGUUCUACAAAGGAAGCAGAACAUCUGGAUACAAAAGAACAUAUUGGUUCGUCAUUGAUCUGUGCAGCUUCGACGAGGAGAGACACCUCUUACUGAAGGACGGGCUUUUAACAGCUCUUCAGGGCAUUGGAGAGGACGACAGUGUGGGAAUAAUAAGAUACAGCGCAAACAUUGAAAUUAUCAGCCUGGAGAACCUUGAUGUAAGAAAAGUGCACGUCUUCCCAGCUGUUGAUUAUACGCCUGCAAUUCUCCAAAAGGCGUUUUCGUCGGGAAGCAGCGCCAUCUCUCCUCUGUCUAAGUUCACGAGGAGAAAGGGAGACUGUGUGGAGUAUGUUGAGCAGAUAUUUAAGAAUCUGCAGCUCAAUCCCUUCCCCGUGCCCACAAUGGAAAGGCCAAAGAGAUGCACAGGGAGCGCAAUUCAGCUGGCUAGCAGCAUAAUACAAAGCACGUGCGCAGAGGCGACAGGGCACAUGAUAGUCUUCACGCAGGGCCCAUGCACGUACGGCCCAGGCGCCAUUUCUUCGCUUAGUUUGAAGCAGUCUCUUCGAAUCGCAGGAAAAGAAAUAACAAAAUUGUUCUCCAAAGAGUCUAUAUACGAAACAAUAGCAAACGCCAUGGGAGCUAAGGGGCAUGUAAUUGACAUUAUAGCAGCAGGAAUUGACGACUUUGGGUUUGCCGAGAUGAGAAGCCUGAUCGAGAAAACAGCAGGAACAUCGGUGUUUGCCAGAGACUUCAACCCGUAUAUUUAUAAGGAAUCGAUCAAGCGCAUCUUUAUGAAGAGCGAAGAUAAGGAGGAAAAUGCGAUGAAAAGAGUCUUUGACGCCCGCACCACCGCAAAGAUCACCAAAGGGUACAGAAUAAAGAACGCGUACGGGCAUGGGUUUGAGCAGAGUGUCGAUAAAAAGCAGAACUACGUCUGGCGCCAGGGCUCCCUCUUUGACAGAUCAACAAGCGCACUGGUCUUUGAGCAGAUCGAAGAUGCGCCAGCAGGCAGCGCAGUCUUUCUGCAGAUAUGCACUAAGUUUGUAGACAGCACAGGAGAGUCGUACGAAAGAGUCACCACCCUUGCCAGGUCAUUUGGGAACUCGAACAAUCUCCAGCAGCUGAUACUGGGAUUUGACCAGGAGGCUGCGUGUGUCUUCAAGGCCAAAGAGCUCUCUGUCAACGCAGAUAAUGGCGAUGGAAUUGACGUCAUUCGACAGGCAGAUAGAUGCCUCAUCAGAUUCAUGCAGAGAUUCUGCACAUUCGAAAGAGACAGCGCAGGGUCGAUAAGAGUGCCUCCCAUGAUGUCAUUCUUCCCUGAGUUUAUGUUCUUCCUGCGAAGACUCCCAGCCCUGCACACAGACGGGCUGAGUCUGGACGAAGUAGCAUACCAGAGAACGAUUCUUCUGAAUGAAGACUCAUCUUCCACGAUGUGCAUUAUAAGGCCUUCUCUGGUGGCUUUCCACUACACGGGAGAGAGGUCUCCUGUAGAGCUGGACUCAAGAUCGCUGAAGUCUGAUGUGGCUCUGCUUGUGGACACUUUCCACGAUGUAGUGAUAUGGUACGGGGAGAACAUUGCCUCCUGGAUGAAGGCAGGCGUGAAAGAGAAUCCUGAGUACUGGUUCUUCAAAGAUAUGCUGGAGUCGCUAGAAAAAGAAGCUAAAGCCCUUGUUGACAGCAGGCUGCCCGUUCCAAAGCUCACGCACUGCGAUCAGUACAGCUCGCAGGAGAGAAUUCUGCUGUGCAAGGUAAACCCUGCAUCGUCAGUUGCGAAUAGCUCAAGCGGAGAAGGGCAGACGAUAGUCACCGAGGAUAUUGACUUUGCUCGGUUUUACGAGUAUUUGAUAAAGCUUGUAGUUGCUACAUAA